AACAAAAAUAUACUCUGAGACGGUCAAAUUAAUAAUUAUAGAACACAACAGUUCUUCAUCUUCCAUCUGAAAACCCUAAUUCUGAUUUUGCUCCUAUUCUCACUCCAAGAAUUUUAUUUUUAAUUCCUUACGGAUUCCAAUUAUUCUUCCCUUCAACGAUGGGCCUGAAAGGAUUCGUCGAAGGCGGCAUUGCCUCCGUCGUCGCCGGCUGCGCCACCCACCCCCUUGAUUUAAUCAAAGUCCGGAUGCAGCUUCACGGCGAGGCCGCGGCGGCGACGGCGGCGCCGGUGGGACUCCCAAACACCUCCUCCGUACACCAGGGAGUCCGAGUCCCGAAAAUCGGGCCAAUUUCUGUAGGUCUCCGCAUUCUCCGGCGAGAAGGCGUCGCCGCACUUUUUUCCGGCGUCUCCGCCACCGUCCUCCGCCAGGGGCUCUAUUCCACCACCAGGAUGGGGCUUUACGAUGCGAUGAAGAACAAUUGGACGGAUCCGAAGACGAAGACGAUGCCGUUGACGAGGAAGAUCGCCGCCGGACUUAUCGCCGGCGGAAUCGGUGCCGCCGUGGGGAAUCCGGCGGAUAUGGCGAUGGUGAGAAUGCAGGCCGACGGGCGGCUCCCGCCGGAGCAGCGGCGGGAUUACAAGAGUGUGGUGGACGCGCUCCGCCGUAUACGGCGGAGCGAGGGGACCGCCGCCCUGUGGCGGGGCUCCUCCCUGACGGUGUUCCGGGCGAUGGUCGUCACGGCGUCGCAGCUGGCGUCGUACGAUCAGUUUAAGGAGAAGAUUCUAGAAAGUGACGUGAUGAGCGACGGCAUGGGGACGCACGUGACCGCCAGCCUGGCAGCCGGAAUGGUGGCGGCGGUGGCGUCGAAUCCGAUCGACGUUAUCAAGACGCGGGUUAUGAACAUGAAGGUCGACGGGGCGGCGGCGCCACUGUACGCCGGGGCUGUGGACUGCGCGGUGAAGACGGUUAGGGCGGAGGGGGCGGCGGCGCUGUACAAAGGGUUUAUUCCGACGGUGUCGCGGCAGGGGCCGUUCACGGUGGUGCUGUUUGUGACUUUGGAACAGGUCAGAAAAUUGCUCAAAGAUUUCUGACAGUUACGGCGGCGAAGAAAAUAAUGAAACAAUAAAUUAAUUAAUUAGGUAUAUACAUAUAAAUAUUAAUAAAUGUCCAACGUAACAUUUAUGUUAUAUUAUUAUUACACAAUAAUUCUGAACCUUUUAAUAAAAUAUUUGAAUUCAAUCAUUCCCUCUAUCAUUUCAU